AUGAAAUUCGUUCAAUUAUUAUGCGCUUUAUUACUCUGCUUAGCAGUUGUCUCAGCCAAUGUUUCACCACGUGAUGUCUCAUUAACCCAAGAAUCAAUUGGAUCAUGGAAACAAGGAAAAGAUAUCAUCUCCCAAUACUCUGUAACCAUUAAUAACCACACCAACAAAGUUAUUACAUCUAUUCACAUUGGUACCGAUCACUCACUCACUUUAAGAUUACCAAGUGAUAUUUGGAACAUUGAAAGAUUAAGCAAUGGUGAUUUAACUUUAGCCAAAGGUCAAACUAUUGCUGCCCAUUCAUCUACUACAUUCUACUUUAUCUUAAAAGGUACCCAUCGUGCAAACUUAGUUGUCAAAUCAGUUCAAUAUUAA